AGAGAGAGAGAGAGAAACAGACAGAGAAAGAGAGAAAAGAAAGAGACGCUCAAUGCGCCAUGUGGAAUUAUUGUAGACUUGCAAAGAAAUUUAUCCUACGAAAUAUAGUUUUACAAAACCCGGAGUACCGAGUAUGUUGAAAAAAAGUCAACAACAACAAUAACACGUGAUAAUGGAACAUAGAGCUUCAACUUUUGCUAUCGCGGAGGACUCGAUUCGACGCUUUCGUCGCUCGCUGCCUCGCGCUUGGCUGUUUCAGGGAUAGGCUCUCUCCGCACUUGUAAUGACUCUGAGCUCUGCUUCGAUUGAGACGUCAAUAACAGCAGCCGAAUUGUUUCUACUUUUCACUUUACUUUUCGCCUUUUGAGGCAACUACUUUUUAAUGUUCAGAAUGGAUGGUGAAGAUCAUCAUAUGAUAGUAUCAGGUGAUGUUGAGACUAUAGUCAUAAAACCAGAAUCCAUAGAAUUUUUGUUUGAGACAGAUGAUCCUAUCUGGUCAGAAGAAGAUUUGUCAGAAGAUUCAGACAUAGAGCUUACUAAUUCUAACUACGAUGAGUGUUGUUUUGUUACAAAAACUGGAGAAAUUGUUACUAUCAAUAAUGAAGAUGUCAUCAAGACUCCAUUUUACUUAGAAAGUUAUUUUAUAGAUCACGAUUUUAGAAGAUCUUUAGAGAUGUCUCAACAUGUCAUUGAAAUAGAUAGAAUCACUUGUUAUGAGUGCGAUAUUGUCUUUUGUAAUGAGGAUAGAUUACUUGAACAUCUUAUGACACAUAUUGACAUAUACAGAAUGGGUUGCAAUAUUUGUGACAAGGAUUUGAGUUUAGAAGAAAAAUUUCAGUUACAUAUGAUGGCUGUUACCUGGCAAAGUGUAUACUACUGUGAUUUUUGCAGAAAAUCAUGCGCAGGUGUCGUUAGAUCUAAAAGUCAACCACCACCUCAAGGUAAAUUUUACAUGUGCCACGACUGUGAAUAUCAAACUAAACAAAUAAUGAACAUUCAAAACGGUAUUCACAUGCAACAAAAUAUAAAGACAAAGCCAAUACAUUCUCCUGAAUCACCAGUGUUGCUUCAAAUACCAGCACUAGUACCUAUACAGCAAGAGUUGCCAUCUCAAGCUUCUCAUACAGAAGUUUUACAAGAUCAUAAACAAAAACCCAACAAUGAGGCAAAGUAUGAAGAAUUUGAAAAAUGUUCUACUCACAACACUACCUUAGAAGAACAAGACUGUUACAAACCUUGCAAAACCUUGCAAAACCUAUCAAAACUUCCUCCUAAAAAGAAGGAAAAUAAGAAGCAUAUGACAUCGAAACCUAAAGUGCAGAUUGUUAGUGAGAGCAUGAAACAAGCUCUUAAAUUAACGACGCGAAGUCGUACGAGGACUCAAAACAAAUUGGCAAGUAGUUACAAUUGCCGUUAUUGCCCGUCUUCAUUUGCCGAAGAUUUCAAUUUGAUGACGCACCUGCGCGAAAGGCAUGAGUUUCAUAAGCUCAGGUACGUGUGUAAAAUGUGUGGCAAAGACUUUAAGCAGCAACGCUGCUACGAGAAUCAUAUGAGCUUCCAUCAACUGGCCAAGAAUCACAUGUGUUUUGUGUGCAGUCUCGCCUUUUUGUCUAAAUGCGAGUUGGAGCAGCACGCGAAAGUUCAUGACAAAAGCGAAAUCAUAAAUGCGUACUGCGAUAAUGUUGCUUUAGAUUUACGUAAGAAAAAAAGUCGUGCUGCGUGAUGA